GUUUCUCAAUUAUGUUCCGUUGUUGGACGCGUUCAUCAACACAGAGAAGGAUUUGCCGAAAAACUUCGUCUCAUUGAGGGUUCAGUUCCUUCAAUCUAUGGAAACGACGGAUUGAGUAAAGCGGUAAGCAUGAAAUGACACAAAAACUCUAUUUGACUUUCAUAUUAUUGCGUGUCUACGAUACCCUCGUUUUCAUAGCAUUAGCAUCAGUCUUUCUGCUAAUUUUAGCUUUAUGCACUCUAUAGUUUCACUUCCGGGUGUAUUUUGAGUAGUUGUGUCAGAUGAAUUCCAUCGAAGGUGCUCUUUUAUUCUUGGGGGAACACAAUAAUAUGUUAAAUUCAUUCGUCUGCUGUUGACAUCGUUUAAUCAAUCCAAAAGUUUGCGGUGCAGGAAAACGCUACUUCCGCUAAAAAAGGGUGUGACGUAUCUCAUUUGCAUUUAAACAGACCGCACCAAAACGGCUUGCUCCUCAGAAUGAGUCAAAUGUAAAAAGGAUGGAUUUAUAACCAUGAUAUGUCAUCUUUAAGUGGUCUAUGUGAAUGAUAUCUAUUGUACAGCAUGAACUUGUGAUUUCAGUAUCCUGGUUUUUCCCAUCUGAAAAUCAUACACUUCUCCCAGCCUGGUAUUUAUAAUCACCACCUCAAAAUAUUUAAAAACAAUCUGAUAGUUUGUCAACAUAUCCCUUAUUGCAUGUAAUGUAAUGCGAAAGACACAUUUUUACUCCUCACUCAUGGACCUACAGUGACAUUAAAACAAAGGUCUAUGUUGACACAGAAGAACAACUCUACUGAUGCAGUGACUGAGAUGCAUAAGACUGAGACGAUGCAGAGUGACAAAGUGAUUCUUCCAGCAGAUGGACUCCACUCUUCAGGCACCUGAGCUCCUUUGAUGGAGUACCCCCUGCUGAAACUAUCUUUGCAUUAUCAUCAGGCCAUGGUAAGUGCGGUGUUGCUGUGGUCCGGAUCAGUGGACCCGCAUCUUCAACAGCCCUCAGGUGUAUGGCGGGGCUGACACACAACCUGCCUGUUCCUCGGAGCGCAUUGUUAAGGAGCAUCACACAUCCUCAGUCAAAAGAGGUGCUGGACCGUGGGCUUGUCCUUUGGUUCCCAGCUCCUCAUAGUUUCACAGGAGAGGACAGUGUUGAGUUUCACAUCCAUGGAGGUCCAGCUGUUACCGCUGCUGUCCUUCAGGCGCUAGGAAGUGUGCCUGGCAUGAGGCCCGCUGAGUCUGGGGAGUUCACGCGAAGAGCCUUUCAAGCAGGGAAACUUGGGCUGACGGAGGUAGAGGGACUCGGGGAUCUGAUCCAUGCCGAGACUGAGGCCCAGAGGAGACAGGCACUAAGGCAAAUGUCAGGAGAACUUGGCCAUCUCUAUCAGGGCUGGAGUCAAAACAUGAAACGGUGUCUUGCCCAUGUGGAGGCCUUCAUAGACUUCAGUGAAGAUGAGCUUAUUGAGGAUGGCGUCUUAACCAGAGUGGAUGGAAUGGUGCGGGAUUUGCAAAGCGAGGUGGUGCGACACCUGAGGGACCAGAGGAGGGGCGAGCGGCUACGCAGCGGGGUGCAGGUGGUCAUCGCGGGAGCCACCAAUGCGGGGAAAAGUAGCCUCCUCAACACACUCUGCCAGAGACCUGCAGCCAUUGUGUCCCCCAUUGCCGGAACCACCAGAGAUGUGGUGGAGACGGCUCUGGACAUUGGUGGCUUUCCUCUUGUCUUGAGCGACACAGCAGGCCUCAGAGAUACUCGGGACCUGGUGGAGAAAGAGGGCGUCCGUCGAGCUCGUGAACGAGUUGCACAAGCAGAUUUGACUCUGGUGGUUGUGGACUCUUCGCUUCUCCCUACUGAUGUCAAGCAAGCUCCAGACUUUCUUCAGGACCACCUCAGAAAUGUCCUGCUCGAUCAGGAGCAGAUCCACGCAGAUUUACCAUCUGACAGAUUCCUUGUGGUCCUGAACAAGGCGGACUUGCUGCCUGAGCAACAGCGCCAAAUGCUACAAGUGAACUUUGGAUGCAUCUCUGGCCUUCCUCAUGUUUGUGUGAUAUCCUGUCACACCAAUGAGGGACUUCAAGACUUCCUCGCAACACUGCACAGCAGAGUGAAGACUUUGUGUGGCGACCCUCUGUCUGGUGCCCCUACCCUGACCCAAGCACGCCACAGAGCCCACCUGCAGCAAUGUGUGGCCGCCCUGGAUCAGUACCAGCGAUACCGUGACCUCGACCUGGCUCUGGCAGCGGAGGGCAUUCGCUUGGCUCUCACCAGCCUGGGCCGGAUCACUGGAAAAGUUGGACCCGAGGAGAUACUGGAUAUUAUUUUCAAAGACUUUUGCAUCGGCAAAUAGUUGGCUGGCUCAUUUCCAUGUCAAUGAUCAUUCUGUAAGAAUAACAGUAAAUGGCCCCACAGGCUGGAAAGUCAGUGAAAGAACCUUGGCACUGUGCCAAGCUUUGUGUCACUAAAAGAACACAUUGCAUUUUUGGCUCCGAUUGGUUCCCAAGACACUGCAGAUGGUAUUUUAUUUCUUAUCUGUGUGGAGUGUACACAUGUGCGGUACACGAUGUACGAGAGGUCGGCCAGUUUUUGGUCAGGUUUGAAAACAGUGUGUAGACUUUGAUGAGUGUUUAUUGGGCCCCUGAGUCCAAACAAAUCAAAUUUGGUGGCGCAUAAUAAAAGUGGCAGCACUUGACCACUGCAAGGUCACAACUCUCAGUACGGAUGUUUGUAUGUUCAGUCUGACCUGGAACAGCAGUUACCAUUUCAGCUGCAUCCACACAUUCUUCUGUUUUUGUUUUGCUGUGUUAAAGCUGGCAGUUGAUUCGAUGAACAUUUUUGGGCUUUAAAAAAACAAAA